GUGAGGGGCGGGGAGUCUGCGGACAGGGAACAGCUCGAAAACUGGGGAGCAAGCUGAAUAGCUGGGGCUCCGGACUCCAGCCUGGGCUUCGAGAGAGUUUCUGAUGCUGACUGGGCCUCCCUCUUGGCCUUCCGGGCUUUCUUGCCGGCAGGGCCGGAACGGAAAGGUGCACCUUCAGCCCGGCCUUCUCGCGUCCCACGCCCAAGAGGUUCAGGCUCAUUGGGGUCCCUCUCCGUGCUUCGGCGCGGGAAAAAGAUCUUGUCACCCACGGUGAGCUGAAGUAGCAACGACUUGGACCUCAGCCCCAGCCUUUUGCUUUGGAAGGCAAACCCCGAGUAACCUGAACGGACGUCCUGUUAGAGGGUGGCGCCCGGAUGAGCCUGGGUGGCGAAUACCGUGAGGAAGGUGUUUCAGUUCUUCAGGAGAGAGAAAAUGAUUCACAGUCUAUUUCUCAUAAACUGUUCCGGUGACAUAUUUCUAGAGAAGCAUUGGAAGAGUGUUGUGAGCCAGUCUGUCUGUGAUUAUUUCUUUGAAGCUCAAGAGAAAGCUGCUGAUGUUGAAAAUGUACCCCCUGUCAUUUCGACACCUCAUCACUACCUCAUCAGUAUCUACCGUGAUAAACUCUUCUUUGUGUCUGUCAUACAGACUGAAGUGCCACCUCUGUUUGUAAUUGAGUUCCUACAUCGAGUUGCUGACACUUUUCAGGACUACUUUGGUGAGUGUUCGGAAGCUGCAAUUAAGGAUAAUGUGGUCAUUGUAUAUGAACUCUUGGAAGAAAUGUUAGACAAUGGAUUUCCACUGGCUACCGAAUCUAAUAUUUUGAAAGAACUGAUUAAACCACCAACAAUUCUACGUUCUGUUGUCAACUCUAUUACAGGCAGCAGUAAUGUUGGGGACACACUCCCCACUGGGCAGUUGUCCAACAUCCCAUGGCGCCGGGCAGGGGUAAAGUACACAAACAAUGAAGCCUAUUUUGAUGUCGUUGAAGAAAUAGAUGCAAUUAUAGAUAAAUCAGGAUCUACAGUCUUUGCAGAAAUUCAGGGGGUCAUUGAUGCUUGCAUUAAGCUAUCUGGAAUGCCUGACCUUUCUCUUUCUUUCAUGAACCCACGGCUUCUAGAUGAUGUCAGCUUUCACCCCUGCAUCCGGUUCAAGCGUUGGGAAUCUGAAAGAGUGUUGUCAUUUAUUCCUCCAGAUGGAAAUUUCCGACUCAUAUCAUAUCGUGUCAGCUCACAAAAUCUAGUGGCAAUACCAGUGUAUGUGAAACACUGCAUCAGCUUUAAGGAGAACAGUUCUUGUGGCAGAUUCGAUAUUACAAUUGGACCAAAGCAGAAUAUGGGGAAAACUAUUGAAGGAAUCACAGUAACAGUUCACAUGCCAAAAGUUGUACUGAAUAUGAACCUGACACCAACACAAGGCAGCUAUACAUUUGAUCCAGUUACCAAGGUACUAACAUGGGAUGUAGGAAAAAUUACUCCACAAAAGCUCCCAAGUCUUAAAGGACUGGUAAAUUUACAGUCUGGAGCACCCAAGCCAGAAGAGAAUCCAAGUCUCAACAUACAAUUUAAGAUCCAGCAGCUUGCUAUUUCUGGCUUAAAAGUAAACCGCUUGGACAUGUAUGGCGAGAAAUACAAGCCUUUUAAAGGAGUCAAAUAUGUCACGAAAGCUGGAAAGUUCCAAGUGAGGACAUGAGAAGAGGCCAAAAUUCCUCAAGAUCUGUUUGUUUUCCUAGUGUCAUUAUAGUUAAUUACUGUUAGGUACCAAGUGGGUGGGAAUACAUAUUCUAGUUAAAGCAUCCCUGUUGAGCUACACACCGCUACCGAAAUUGCUUAGUAAUCAGUGUAAGGUUCUUAAGGAGCUUUAAGCUAAGGAAACUUUGAAUUACUUAGCUUAUUUUGUAUUGUUUCAGUUAGGAAGAUUUGGGAGGUGAUUUCCUUUGUGGGGGACAUCAGCUGAAGGCUGCACAUUGUACCAGUAAAGGCAAAAGUCUACAGUGAUCACCUGUCCCCUAAAACAAGUGAACUGGUCUUAGCCAGCAGGAGCUGUCUUAAUCUGUAAUGUGAUGCAUCAAGUGCAGCCAAAUGUCUGCAUACCUGAUUUUAGCCAUCCCAAAUCAGCAACUGCCCCAACAGAGGAAGUCCCCCCACCCCCAAAAAGUUUACAGAAAACUGCCUCUUCAAGUGUUUGCCUUACUCAGCUUUUCACUUGUGCCAUUAAGCAAGCACUGUAGCAGAAGCCACUUCCACAUGGCCCUGGCAGGGGGCACUACUGCUCCAUGCUUCAUUCUCACUGUACUUGGUAUUGUAUUUUUUAUAAAUAAGAUUUUUAUGUAAAGCUCGGAUUUUGAUUUUCAGGGACCUUGCUGCAGUAAGUACCAUCUCAGUUUUGUGCCACUAGUUCAGCCGUUUAGAUAGCAUAGUAAAAAGUAUUUGUAUCAAAGGCGCAAAUACUUUAAGGUCAUAAAAGGGAACACUACUUCUGCUUUUAGGAAGUUAUUGCAAGCACAAGCAUUUGAGAUUUGAAGCAAAUUUAAGCAGUAAGAUACUUCAGUGAACCUUUGCCACCUUCAUGUUCUAUAAAGUUUGUCAACACCACUUAAACCGCAGUUAGCCUAAAGGCCUCAAGCCCUAGUUCAGCAAAAGGAAGAAAAUGUGCCUGCUUCACUAUCAUGAGUCUUUUAAACCUUUUGUCUUUUUUGUUGUUGUUCUUAAGGUCUUAAAUUUACCUGCAUCCCUUGUCUUCAGGGGGAACCUGCUUUUCCUAUUGUGUGCUUCCCAAGGCUACAGUAGUUAGUAGAUUCCUUCCCGAAGCUCUUGUCGUAGUUAUUACUUGGAUGUCUCUCCUAUACUGACAGAAUACUUGAAUGUACAUGAUAUUGAGGCAGAAACAAAACCUUCAGUAACAUUGAUGAAACCAUAUUGAUCCGCAUGAUUGGCAAGUCAGUCAGUAAUUGUAUCGCUUCACUCAACUUCAUUGGCUUUGGAGUCCUUGCCCAGUUGUUUUGCCUCAUGAAACAUAAAGAAUGGAGAAAGCCUGAAAGAUAGAAGUGCUUGUUCUUCAUAGUUCCCAAUAGAAGUGCUUGUUCUUCAUAGUUCCCACAUGUUCUUAUGCUAUUAGUUUUCUUCUCCUCAUGACUCCAUUCUUUUCAUUCGUCUCAGCUUACAACUCCCUUUUCCAUAUCAUGCUAAGAAUGGCCCUUAAAUUUAUCCCAUUGUGCUAUCAAGGGCUAGUGGUUGAUGCUGGUACACAGCCCAUCAUACAGCAGCAUUCUUACCUUUGCCUGCCUAGGGUACCCAACCUGCCUUUCAUCUAAUAGGAAAUGGCACUUUUUGCAAAUUUGGAAUUUCUUGGGUAACCAAUAUCAGCUUGGCAGCUAAAAUCAGGGUGUUGCCAAAUAUUUAUUCCCUUUGCCUGAGGUUAAUUACCCAGCUCAGUUGCUUUUCAUUUUUAAUGUCUUCUAAUGUCCUGUCUUAAAAGAACAGUCAGUACAUUUCUUUCUACAGAAUUCCUAAUCUUAACCAUCUGUAUCAGGACUGUCCCAAUUUUCUUUCUGUGCUAUCUUCUCUUACAUAUAAACAGAUUAUAUGCCAAGAGUCCCUUGUCUUUAGCAAUUUCUGCUAAAACUUCCAAGUAGACUGUUUCCUUUUAUAAUUAAAUUAUUGUAUUUAUUACUUUGAAUCCAGUAAAUCCUUUAUCUAACCUGGCUUUACUGUCAAUAAAAAAAAAAAAUGAAGCAACAAGUUGAUUUUUUUUUUAGCUUGACUGUUGGUUGAGCAUUCUCAGAUGGGCAUGCCUCCAUAUCAGAGCAAGCUAAACAUGACCAGAUUUUGUUCUGUAUCAUCACAUAAGGUGUAAGGGUUGCCGCAAAGCACUCCCAGGUGCUCGUCUCUUAACCUCAGUAUGUUAACAGCCAUGUAUACUUUCUCUAAGCAUCACCCUCUGGUCAGAGACUGAGCAGUAAGUGAUCAAAGCUACUCUCCCUACUUCUCCCUACCACCAGCGCCACCUACUAAUAAGUAACAAAAGAUCCACGAAUACUUAGUAGAAUAUUUCUCAAACACAGAAUUCCAGCUAAUCCCAGAACUGCCCCAUUUUAUAAAUUCUUAAAGGAGACAUCCUAAGAACAAAUGAAGUCGAUGCUCAUUUUCUGUAUAAGGAAGUUACUAUCAAAUAUUCAAAGAGUAAAAAAAAAAAACCCAUUUAUAGAGACCUAACUCUGUCACUGAGCUUUCUUUCUUCUAGAAUUCCUAUUUCCUUACUAUUUUUUUAAUGAAAAAUAUGGAAAAAAAAUAUUCAAAGAGUAUUCACGUGAUGGGUUCAUUCCUAAAGUGGUGCUACAGAACAACCCUCGGAAGAUGCUGGUCUUACUGUCCUUAGUCCUCUGAUUUGAGAAAACAGCUAAGAUGUGAUCCAGCAGGAAGGCAACACCAGUGAACAUAUGGUGAGGAACAAAAAUGAGACCAUGAAUACUGUUUUCAGAUACUGCUGAGCUAAUCCUGUAGCCUUGGAUAUUUCUCUUCAACUCCAGGAGUCUGGUAUUCGCCUCCCUAGUCAGCAACGCUUCUAAAUCGGAAGUGUAGUCUGCAGCACUAUCCCCCUUUAACAAUCCCCUUUCAGAUAUAGAAAACCAGGCACAACAGUGAUGUCCCCACUCUACUUCCAAGUACCUGUUCCUACUUUUAGUCGGUGCUUCCUCAAGCAAAAGGAGUUAUGUCUCCAAAAGCUAGCUCUCUGCCUUCUAGCCCUGGCAGAUCCCUGACAGCCCUGUUAUUCUGUAUUGGGCUUUGAAGUAUGAAAAAUGGGUAUGUGAUAUUCCUGCACAUGUAACCAACCACUUCAGCUUCUUAAAGGCGAUGGUCUCCACAGCUAGCUAGGUGAAGACAGAAUACUGGAUGAUCCACAUCAACUGGCUGCUUUCCUCCCAUCGUUCACCUUUAUCACCUUCUUCUAGUAUAUAAUCCCAAACCUGUCCUUUAUUAUGGAGAUCCUUGUUAAGUAAAUAUACUACUGCUAUACAGAAGUAGUAUGUUGUUCAUCCAGUACAUUUGAAUUAAAUAAAAGUCUUCAGUUGCCAGAUCCUAAAGAUUAGUUUCCUUGGCUAUUUUUCAAAACAAUUUUGCUAAAAUAAUAUAUCCAUCAUUUAAAUCAUUUAUACAAAUGCACUUUAUUGUUUGAAACAGAAAAGAAAAGGCAGAAAAUAUUUGCGUAUAACAAAUCCUAGCUUAUAAAUGUAGUUUUUAAGUGGUGAUGUCUCUAAUCAGUCUUCAGGGAUUUUUUUUUUUUUUUUUUAAUUUGCUUCACUGUGUCUUGAGCACUGAUAUUAGAGAAAAGCACAUCAGCAUAAAGUGUAAACCAGUGUCUCAAAACACUGGAAGAACUUGGAGAGCAAACGAUUUUUCUUAUUUCCUCUAAGUAAUCUUUCAUAAAACAAAAGCUGAUCUUUGGCAUAGAUUCAUACUUUAAAGGCAUUAAUAUUGCAUUUAUAUCAUGUAAGCAACUACAAAUAUGCUGAGGGCCUUGAAAAUAAUAUUCAUCAGUUAAAAGAAAACAGAGGAAGC